GACCUGUUUGUUGGCGCAAGCGUGUAAAAUCAGAGUACAUGCGGCUGCGGCAGCUCAAGCGGUUCAGGCGGGCUGACGAAGUUAAGAGUAUGUUUAGUUCCAAUCGUCAGAAAAUUUUGGAACGAACGGAAAUCUUAAACCAAGAAUGGAAACAGCGAAGGAUACAGCCUGUGCACAUCCUGACUUCUGUGAGCUCAUUGCGCGGGACCAGGGAGGCCAUUCACCUGCUCUUCCCUCUACGAUUUUCCAUAACACAGUUUUUACUUGGAACCAGCCUUCUGCCAAGAGUCUCAGUUUGGUUGUGUCCUCCUACAACUACUAUUUUUGGCUUGACUUCCCUCUCCAGCUCCCAGUGGUCCAGCCACACAGUCGCCUAUUGUACCAGCUGGUUGAUUGCUCAGUGACCAGUGACUUGGAUUUUCCAACACAAAUCAUCCCCUUAAAGACUCUGAAUGCGGUCGCAUCAGUGCCCAUAAUGUAUUCUUGGUCUCCCCUACAGCAGAAUUUUAUGGUGGAAGAUGAAACGGUCUUACACAACAUUCCUUACAUGGGGGACGAGGUCCUAGACCAGGAUGGGACGUUCAUUGAGGAGCUGAUAAAAAAUUACGAUGGAAAAGUCCAUGGGGAUAGAGAAUGUGGGUUUAUAAACGAUGAAAUCUUUGUGGAGUUGGUGAAUGCUCUGGGUCAGUACAGUGACGACGACGACGACGAUGGAGAUGAUCCUGAUGAAAGAGAAGAAAAACAGAAAGAUCUGGAGGAGAACAGAGAUGAUAAAGAAAGCCGCCCGCCUCGGAAAUUUCCUUCUGAUAAAAUUUUCGAAGCCAUUUCCUCAAUGUUUCCGGAUAAGGGCACAGCAGAAGAACUAAAGGAAAAGUACAAGGAACUGACGGAGCAGCAGCUCCCGGGCGCGCUUCCCCCGGAGUGCACCCCGAACAUCGACGGGCCGAACGCCAAGUCCGUGCAGAGGGAGCAGAGCCUGCACUCCUUCCACACGCUCUUCUGCAGGCGCUGCUUUAAGUACGACUGCUUCCUGCACCCUUUUCACGCAACACCCAACACUUACAAGAGGAAGAACACAGAAACAGCUCUGGACAACAAGCCUUGUGGACCACAGUGUUACCAGCACUUGGAGGGAGCGAAGGAGUUCGCUGCCGCCCUCACAGCCGAGCGCAUCAAGACCCCGCCGAAGCGGCCCGGGGGCCGCAGGAGAGGAAGGCUCCCCAACAACAGCAGCAGGCCCAGCACCCCCACCAUCAACGUGCUGGAGUCCAAGGACACAGACAGCGACCGGGAAGCGGGGACGGAGACGGGCGGGGAGAACAACGAUAAAGAGGAAGAGGAGAAGAAAGAUGAGACCUCCAGUUCCUCGGAAGCCAAUUCUCGGUGUCAAACGCCAAUAAAGAUGAAGCCAAACAUCGAGCCUCCUGAGAACGUGGAGUGGAGCGGUGCUGAGGCCUCCAUGUUCCGGGUGCUCAUCGGCACGUAUUAUGACAACUUCUGUGCCAUUGCUAGGCUCAUCGGGACCAAAACUUGUAGACAGGUGUAUGAGUUCCGUGUCAAAGAAUCGAGCAUCAUAGCUCCGGUGCCGGCCGAGGAUGUCGAUACCCCUCCAAGGAAGAAGAAGAGGAAACACCGGUUGUGGGCUGCACACUGCAGAAAGAUACAGCUGAAAAAGGAUGGCUCCUCGAACCACGUUUACAACUAUCAGCCCUGUGACCAUCCCCGGCAGCCUUGUGACAGCUCGUGCCCUUGCGUGAUAGCACAGAAUUUUUGUGAGAAGUUUUGUCAGUGUAGCUCAGAGUGUCAGAACCGCUUCCCCGGCUGCCGCUGCAAAGCCCAGUGCAACACCAAGCAGUGCCCGUGCUACCUGGCUGUGCGCGAGUGCGACCCCGACCUGUGUCUCACCUGCGGCGCGGCCGACCACUGGGACAGCAAGAACGUGUCCUGCAAGAACUGCAGCAUCCAGCGGGGCUCCAAGAAGCACCUGCUGCUGGCGCCCUCCGAUGUGGCAGGCUGGGGGAUUUUCAUCAAAGAUCCCGUGCAGAAAAACGAAUUCAUCUCGGAGUACUGUGGGGAGAUUAUUUCCCAAGAUGAAGCUGACAGAAGAGGGAAAGUGUAUGACAAAUACAUGUGCAGCUUCCUGUUCAACUUGAACAAUGAUUUUGUGGUGGAUGCAACCCGCAAGGGUAACAAAAUUCGUUUUGCAAAUCAUUCAGUAAAUCCAAACUGCUAUGCAAAAGUUAUGAUGGUUAACGGCGAUCACAGGAUAGGGAUUUUUGCUAAGAGAGCCAUCCAGACCGGCGAAGAGCUGUUUUUUGAUUACAGAUACAGCCAGGCGGAUGCCCUCAAGUACGUGGGCAUCGAGCGAGAGAUGGAAAUCCCUUGACAUCUGCUACCUCCUCCUCCCCCCUCCUCCUUUCUGGAACAGCUGCCUUAGCUUCAGGAACCUCGAGUACUGUGGGCAAUUUAGAAAAAUUAAAUGCAGUUUGAAAGUCUGAAUUUGCAAAGUACUGUAAGAAUAAUUUAUAGUAAUGAAUUUAAAAAUCAACUUUUUAUUGCCUUCUCACCAGCUGCAAAGUGUUUUGUACCAGUGAAUUUUUGCAAUAAUGCAGUAUGGUACAUUUUUCAACUUUGAAUAAAGAAUACUUGAACUUCU